UGCAUCAAAAUUUCUCUCACUAAUUACUUAAUAGAUAAAUAUAAUUAGUUCAUUUGCGUGGCCGACGCAAGUUUCCAUACAAAAAUUUAAAUUAAGCAGCUUAUAUAAACUCCAGAACUUGAGAUCUCCACUGCGCAUGCCUCAAACGUAUAUCGAGGCAAAUCUCCUCUUAUGUCCCAUCACAUUGCUUUAUUGCAUAUUCAUGAAUGAUUGAAGGAAGUAACCAAUAAAGCGCUAAGCUCGAGCAUUUCAGGAUACGUUCUUUAAUCACGGAUUAUGGAAACCGAACAAAUAUCCGAGCAUUUUUUCGGAGUUUAUUUACUUUACUGUAAAAAUCCAAAUUACAAAGGUAAAACAUAUAUUGGCUAUACAGUCAAUCCUAAAAGAAGAAUAAAACAGCACAACGCAGGGAAAAAUUUUGGCGGGGCAUGGAAAACGAGCAAUCGUGGUCCGUGGGAAAUGAUAUUGAUCGUGCAUGGAUUUCCUAAUUCAAUUUGUGCUCUACAGUUCGAAUGGGCCUGGCAGCAUCCAGAACAUAGUCGGCGAUUAAAUCACGUGAUUAAAAAGAAGUCUCGACAAAGAACAUUCAAUUAUCAAUUAAUGGUGCUCUCGGCGAUGCUUAACGUCGUACCCUGGGUACGAUUGCCGUUAAUUCUUCGAUGGUUAGACGACGAUUUCGGCAGGGAAUACUCGAGCUGGGUGCGCCCGCCUCUUCAUAUGCCCAUCGCUUACGGGAAAAUCACUUCCAAACCGUUGAAAAAUGCCCAUGAAGGAUCUCAAAAAAGCAAGGAAAUGGAAAUUCCAGUGAAUAAAGUAACAAAUAUGGAUGAAACAUAUUGUCAGAUUUGUUUGUCGAUGGUAGAAGAAGAAGAUGCGAUUACUUGCGUGGAGCCUAAUUGUAGUUUGAUAUCGCAUUUAAUUUGUUUGGCAGAACAUUUUAGAAAAGAUGAUAUGAUUCUGCCGAUAGAAGGAUGUUGUCCUGCUUGUAAUGUCGAUAUAUUAUGGGGAGAUUUAAUACGGAAGAAACUCGGUUGUACGAUGCAUUUCGAUGAGGAAAACGAUGAGUCUUAUUUUAGUGAUAUUUAAAUAUAAAAAUUAUAUUGUUAUAGGUAUUAUAGAA